ACAAUGUCUUCAAUUACUUUCCAUGGACGCGAUAGAGGCUACGGAAGUGGUUAUGGAAGGAACAGUACGCCAUGGAGUCGAAAGCAAUGCGUGCAGCAGGCUCCUCUUCCCCCACGGGGUGAGGUUCUUGCAACGAUUUAUCCAAUUGACCUUCAAGAGGAGAAGCAGGAUAUAACCGCUCAGAUAAUUGACAGCCAAUGCUUGGCUUCUUACAACUGGCUCAGUGGAGGAGAGCCUCAUAUCCUCAUACCGGGUGAGCCUCCGAGGUGGGCUCCUCUCUCAAACCCAACUCGGCUGGCGGAGGAUUCGGGACUAUACUUUCGAGAUCAGAAUGCUGCUCGCUAUCCUAGCCACCCUAUGGAACCAAUGAUUCAAGCCAUUCUUGCAAGCAAACCUGACUUCUCGCUUCGGGACACUGACAUUGUCGCAUGCGGAAGUACACUCGGGAAUUUGUUACGUUUUGUCCGCGGCGAGGGCAAGCCCUUUCGAAUCCUCGUUGAAGCCAUUGGGAGAACAGUCUUUUUCAUGAGGAGAGAAAAUGCCCAUGACGAGGUAAUCCCAAAUGUAUACGGGUACGGCCACACUUUCCCCGAGGCAUAUACCACGUGGAGCGCGGACGUGAAAGGAUCCGAGUCACACCAAAGAGUGAUGAAGUACGACCUUGCUGGUAUGAGUUGCUUAGUCCGCUUUGAAGCAGACGGUUAUCUACCUUCGGUGGCACAGAACAGUAGCAGUCGCAGCUCAGAAGGGGAUCCACCAGAGGCCGCAGAAGAUCUUCUGUCUUCCUUGAAAAACGUUGCUAUUUCCAACCUACCUGAAAGUGGUCUAAAAAUCUCAGAAACCCUCAAAGUGUCAGCCGGAGGUGAAUUCACCUCUCAGUCGGCCAUUUUUGACCUGAAAACCCGCUCCAUUAGGAAGAAGGACGAGGAUACACUCGGCCAAGAGUUACCCCGGCUGUGGAUUGCACAGGUCCCUAACUUUAUUCUUGCCCACCACAAAGCUGGGGUGUUUAGUGAUAUCCAAGUCGUCGACGUACGCGAGCGGGUCAAGCAUUGGGAAGAAGAUCAGAAACCCACUCUGGCCAGGUUCGCCGACCUGCUGAAGAAGAUAGUGGCUUUUGCGCGAAGCUCGGAGUGUGGAAGGUUUGAGAUCACCCGCGAAGACUGUGCGACCGUCUUGGAAUUAAGGGCGCAGUGCGCUGGCGCUGGGAGGGUUUUACCCCCGUAUGUGGCGAAGAAAUGGGACGAGGAACUCGCAGGAUCCGAUAGAAGCUAUUCAGUCGACGGCCUUUGA